UAGUCCUUGGUUAUUACUGCAGUCUGUGGUACAGGAAUGUCUGCCUCCCACAUGUGCAGGCAAGUGGGGCACUACCAUUUGGCUACUUGACAGGGCUAUUCAGCAGGUGCACAUGUCUGAACAUUCCUGAAUCAGGAGGGGGUAGCUCUGGAUUUCAGAGAGCUGUAACCAGGACACAGCUGGAGUGACGCAAGAGCCAGGGGCAUCAAUUUGAGCUCUGAAUUUGCAGUAUGUAAUGAAAGGAACCCAAGUCUGAGUGUACGUGUGUGGGAAACACUGCAGGUCGAGGUACUUUUCCAGGUACUUAGCCCUUUGUGGGGUUGCAGCCCCGACGCCCUGGAAUCUGGACUGGACCCAGAAAGGAAGCCGGUUGGUUCAUGCUGAGGACACAGGGGGCACCUUGUCUUUCUGUCUCGGUGGCAAAGCGGGCAAAUCCAGACAGAACCUUUGACUUGGUGUUGAAAGUGAAAUGUCAUGCCUCUGAAAAUGAAGAUCCUGUGGUAUUGUGGAAAUUCCCAGAGGACUUUGGAGACCAGGAAAUACUACAGAGUGUGCCAAAGUUCUGUUUUCCCUUUGACGUUGAAAGGGUGUCUCAGAAUCAAGUUGGACAGCACUUUACCUUUGUACUGACAGACAUUGAAAGUAAACAGAGAUUUGGAUUCUGCAGACUCACGUCAGGAGGCACAAUUUGUUUAUGCAUCCUUAGUUACCUUCCCUGGUUUGAAGUGUAUUACAAGCUUCUAAAUACUCUUGCAGAUUACUUGGCUAAGGAACUGGAAAAUGAUUUGAAUGAAACUCUCAAAUCACUGUAUAACCACCCAGUACCAAAGGCAAAUACUCCUGUAAAUUUGAGUGUGAACCAAGAGAUAUUUAUUGCCUGUGAGCAAGCUCUGAAAGAUCAGCCUGCUCUAAUACCGCAUUCCUACUUCAUUGCUCCUGAUGUAACUGGACUCCCAACAAUACCUGAGAGUAGAAAUCUUACAGAAUAUUUUGUUGCCGUGGAUGUGAACAACAUGCUGCAGCUGUAUGCCAGUAUGCUGCAUGAAAGGCGCAUCGUGAUUACCUCGAGCAAAUUAAGCACUUUAACUGCCUGUAUCCAUGGAUCAGCUGCUCUCCUAUACCCAAUGUAUUGGCAACACAUAUACAUCCCAGUGCUUCCUCCACACCUGCUGGACUACUGCUGUGCCCCAAUGCCAUACCUGAUUGGAAUACACUCCAGCCUCAUAGAGAGAGUGAAAAAUAAAUCAUUGGAAGAUGUUGUUAUGUUAAAUGUUGAUACAAACACAUUAGAAUCACCAUUUAGUGACUUGAACAACCUACCAAGUGAUGUGGUCUCGGCCUUGAAAAAUAAACUGAAGAAGCAGUCUACAGCUACGGGUGAUGGAGUAGCUAGGGCCUUUCUUAGAGCACAGGCUGCUUUGUUUGGAUCCUACAGAGAUGCACUGAGAUACAAACCUGGUGAGCCCAUCACUUUCUGUGAGGAGAGUUUUGUAAAGCACCGCUCAAGCGUGAUGAAACAGUUCCUGGAAACUGCAGUUAACCUCCAGCUUUUUAAGCAGUUUAUCGAUGGUCGACUGGCAAAACUAAAUGCAGGAAGGGGUUUCUCUGAUGUAUUUGAAGAAGAGAUCACUUCAGGUGGCUUUUGUGGAGGGAACCCGAGGUCAUAUCAACAAUGGGUUCAUACAGUCAAGAAAGGAGGUGCACUAUUCAACACAGCAAUGACCAAAGCAACCCCUGCUGUACGGACAGCAUAUAAAUUUGCAAAAAAUCAUGCAAAGCUGGGACUAAAGGAAGUGAAGAGUAAACUAAAACACAAGGAAAAUGAUGAAGAUUAUGGGACCUGUUCUAGUUCUGUACAAUAUACACCAGUUUACAAAUUACACAAUGAAAAGGGAGGAAACUCAGAAAAGCGUAAGCUUGCUCAGAAGGACCCCCUGUGGGAAUGUAAAGAUUCCAGGCUUUGUAGUAUAAGAGAACAGGACCAGAACAGUACUACCACUUGGAAGGCACGCUUAAAAAGGCCUCUUAAGAGCCUUGACGGUGCUCUCUAUGAUGAUGAUGAUGAUGAUGAUAUUGAAAGAGCAAGCAAGUUAUCUUCUGAAGAUGGUGAAGAAGCUUCUGCUUAUCUUUAUGAGAGUGAUGACUCUGUUGAAACAAGAGUGAAGACUCCUUACUCAGGUGAAAUGGACUUACUAGGAGAGAUUCUUGAUACAUUGAGCACACACAGCUCAGAUCAGGGGAAGCUGGCAGCUGCAAAGAGCUUGGAUUUCUUUAGAUCAAUGGAUGACAUUGAUUAUAAACCUACGAAUAAAUCUAAUGCUCCUAGUGAGAAUAACCUGGCUUUCCUCUGCAGUGGUUCUGGUGACCAAGCAGAGUGGAAUCUUGGACAAGAUGAUAGUGCCCUCCAUGGCAAACACCUCCCUCCAUCUCCCAGGAAGCGGGUUUCCUCUAGUUGUUUGACAGAUUCUCUGUUUAUCCUGAAAGAAGAAAACAGUGACAAGCACCUCAGUGCUGACAAUGUGAGUGACCCUGCUUCAGGAUUGGAUUUCCAACUCACUUCCCCUGAAGUUUCCCAGACUGAUAAAGGAAAAACAGAAAACAGGGAAACACUAACCCAGAUUUCAGAUGAUCUGCUUAUACCUGGUCUUGGGCGGCAUUCAUCGACUUUUGUUCCUUGGGAGAAAGAAGGGAAAGAAGCCAAAGAGACUUCAGAAGAUAUUGGACUGCUCCAUGAAGUAGUAUCAUUAUGUCAUAUGACAUCUGACUUCCAACAAAGCUUGAACAUUUCAGACAAAAACACAAAUGGAAACCAAGCUUAAAUCUUGCAUCCAAGCUUCUAUGGAGACAUUUUGAGAUUCAAUGCAAUCUGCAUCAUAAACAGAAUUAUUUGUAGGAAUGGCAACUCUUACUAUUUAAUUUUUUUUUUUUUUUUUUUUUUUGCAUUUGGAACACUUUCCUCACUUGUUCAUUUUGAGGAUAUAUGAAAUGCAUUGAUUUUUAAAUAUAAAGCGAAUUCUACUGUGCUUUUAAAUCAGGUACUAGUGUGUAUGUAUGUUAAAAGUAUGUAUUGAACGUAAGAUUUCCCAGUGUUUGGUGCUUAAUGCCGUUCAUUUUAUUUAAACUAAGUAUGCAUAUAUAACCCAUGCACAUAACCAGUAGCUACUAUACUAAUCUGGUUGAGCAUGAACUGAUCAAGAUAUCAAAACUUAUCAAAACUAGCCUGAAACUGAUGAAACUGUUAACCCACUAAUUGCCUUAAUCUUAAAGCUGUAUUAAGCAUACUUAAAUAAUGUAUGAAAGUAUGUGUAAAGUUUGAAAGAUAAGUUAUUAGUGUUCUGCAGAGCAAUAAUGCCUUUUUCUGUUCAUCAAAUCAAGGUCAAAAUUCAUCUUUUCAAGAUUAAAAAUCUCUUAUGGAAAUACUUAAUUUGCUUAUAAAAGCACUGUAGCUGUGUUUUCCAAUAAGUAUAAAAGUAUACAUUUACCUUUCAUUCAGUGAAAUAUAGGAAGUACUGAAUUUCAAUGUGAAGUUAAUGACUUCUGUUUACAAAUGAGACACUCUAACAAGUUCUCACAGUCUCUCUGUAUGCCUUUGCUAUUUAGGGGCCCACCCCAAGAAAGCCAAAUACAACAUAAACUGUCCUGACCAAAAAAAAAAAAAAAAAUCUUUUUUAACUAAUAAUUCUCUAUCAAAAUGCUUCAUAUUAUCAUCUCAAAUUUAGUUUUUAAAAUAAUUGACUUGGUAUUUUAGAAGUUUUAGAUUUACAGAAAAAUUGCAAAGAUAGUACAGAGAGUUCCCAUCUACCCCUGUUAUUAACAUCUUACGUUACUAUGGUACAUUUGCCCCAAUUAAUGAACCAAUAUUGAUAGUCCAUACUUCAUUCAAAUUUUCUUAGUUUUCUCCUAAUAUCUAUUUUCCACAUCAAGAUCCUAUUCAGAAUUCCACAUUAUAUUGAGUUGGAAUGUCUCCUUAGGCUCCUCUUGCCUGUGACAGUUUCUUAGACUUUGCUUAUUUUUGAUAACAUUGACAGCUUUGAAGAGUACUGUCAGAUAAAUUGUAGCUUGCUCCUCUCUUGGAGUUUAUUGGAUAUUUUUUUCAUGAUUAGACUGGGAUUAUGGGUUUUGAGGAGAUGAUCACAGAAGUAAAGUGCCAUUUUCAUCAGGUCAUAUCAAGGAUAUGUACUGUCAACAUGAUGUGUGAAUGCUGACUCGGAGCUUGAUAACCUGGCUGAGGUGGUAGCGUUUGUCACUCUAAAGUUCUUCCUGUCCUUUCCAUGCUGUCGUUUUUGAAGGAAGUCACUACAUGCAGGAGUGAGGAGUCAUAAUUCCCCUUCUUUAGGGCAGAGAAGUAUCUACAUAAAUUAUUGGGAAUUCUGUAUAGAAAAUUUGUUUCUUCUUUCUCAGAUUCACUGUUGAGCUUUGGAAUUCGUCUGAGAAGGAAUCAUGUACUGAUGACUUCAUGAUAGACUGGAUUAACAGGUAGAAUCAGGGAAAAAAGCAGUGACAGUAUGGUUAAAUUGUUAUUAGCACUUUCAGUAUAUCCACUGUAUACCUGAUUUUUUUUACAUUUCUUUUUAGAAAAUAUGUUCAAGAAAUCAUUACAACAUUACAAAAACAAAAUACUUUCAAGAAACCAUUAAAGAACCCCAAUAAGACUAUAUUCUAAAUAUUUAUUGAAAGAAUAUAAUUUCAGUUAAAAUCCAAGAAGAGGGUUUGAAAUAAUUUAAAGAAAAUGACCAAGUUUCUUUAAAACCUAUGUUUCAAAAUCUAAAUGGAUAUGUGUUAUUUGGGACACUUAUUCAUUAUGAAUAAGACGACAAGUCUUGUUUCCCUUAUAAAUAUGGACUGUAUACAUUAAGGAAAACAAUGUUUAAUCCUUAUUUUUUAAUACAGAAGGCUCAAGGUUCUUGUCAAAUGUUGCCUUUAUAAGCUUAUUACAAAAUUAUAACUUACUUUACUGAGGUUUAUAAUGGAAGAAGUCCAUAUAGCAAAAGAGCUGUUUUAAAUCAAGGAAAGAAGGUUACUCUGGUUGUUAAUCUGCUUGGCAAAUAUUCCUUCAUAAUUUGUGAAAAGAAUGCAAAUCAGCCUUUUCAUAUGGAUUUUGAAAUGAGGUACAGUUUCUUGUUUUGUUUUUUCAGAACUCAGUCUGAAGAAUAAGUGUAGCAUAGGUCAAUCUUGGUUUUUAGUCCAUUUGCUUAAUCGACAUCAUGGCUUCAGAAAUCCAAAUUUUGUGCUACUUUUCAGCCACCUUUCAAGGUGUUUGGUUAUAAUACUGUGUUGUUUUGAGGAUAUUUAGCCACUCAUAAAUAAUUGUCUCAAGGUAUUUAAAAGUGAUUCGUGCCUUAUUUUGAUGCAAAAUUAGUGGUUUUAUUCUGUUUUAAAAGCAAAAGCAGAAAAAAAAAAUUCUGCAUGUUAUUCUUAAAAUUAUCCAGAAUAAUACUACCAAAUAUUUGUAUUUCAAACCAGUUCAAAGUCUGCUCUUAAACUUAGACUUCCUAGUAUUAUGGUGGAUAUAGUGAGAAUGAAGUUAAAUUGGGGUGAGUUCCAAAAUAAAAGAAAGUGUUAUCUUAUAUUCUACAGUGCCCAUAUUUUCUAUAGUAACUAAACCAAAUAUUUGUAAGCUCCUCUGCUUUUUGAAAUUAUUUUUCAAAGAAGCAACACCAGUUAUAUAACAGAAUUGUAUAAACUAAAAAGACUUCUGGCGUUAGUACAUAGUCUUUAUCUGGCCUGUAAUAGAGUCAUGGUUCUUUCUGAAUCCCACUCUCCCUUUUUUCUUUUUACCCUUACAUAUUGCAUCCGUGAUAUUUCAGGGGUAUAGAGAAAUAGUAUUGGAAUUUAGGAGCUGUUUUUUUUAAGUGAAAAUAUUACUAAGUGGUAUAUUUUGAUGAUUAUCUACUUUAGCAUGUCUUAGAAAAGCAGCAAAAUAUAGCAUGAUUGUUUUUUCAGUUAAUUAAAAUUCAUUAAUAACAUGUUCAUUUAAAAACUAUUCAUUGCUUUUUGUACCAGUCAUAUGCAGGGUACAGUAACUGAGGAUGUGGGGAAUAAAAUAACUGACAUAGCCCCUGCUCUGAAGGAAUAAAUUAAAAGGAAAAGGAAUUGCAAAUUUGUAUUAAAAUAAUGAUAAUAAUGUGCUUUGCCUGGAAGUUAUUAGCUGAGAUUCUAACAUACACAUACAAAGUAUUUUAAAAAAACAAAACAAAAACAAAAAAAAGCUAGCUGCUUAAUUUAAAGCAUGCUCUAAGUAUGAACCAUAGUAUCAUUUCUAAUUUCAUUAACUUUCUCAAUUAUUAUGCUAAGUAUAUUAUGCUGCUAAGAUACCCACAUUUAAAGGGCAGAUUCAGAGACUCCUUUAGAAACUGAGUGUCUUUGUUUAUCUUAUUAUCAGAUAACCAGGCAGCACAGGGCUCUCUAUAGUGGAAUGAUGCUCCUUUUCAAUACUUAGAGCCACUGUACUCAGUUUAGGAGUAACUGAAGGUGUGGAUGCAUGUUAAUGGGAAUCCAAUUUUUACUAUUUUUAUAUUAAUAACAGCAUUCUGUAGAAAAAGUCCCUCCCUUCUAAAUAAAAACUGUGUGUGACUGCUGUUACUAGUGCUAUUCUAUGAGAAUAUCCUAAUAAUAGGAUUCAGGAAUUCUAAUGAAUUGUUUCUUAAUUAAGGUGAAGAAGUAGACUCCUGAUCAAGAGGAGAACACUGUGAAAUGUCUCAUAAUCAAUAGACCUUCAUUCUCUGGUAGAAAAUGUGGAUUUUCAGGAAAAGAUUGAUUAUUUUCAUGAAUAAAUUUUCUUACACAAAUUCCAUUUUGUUUGGCAUAAAAGACCCUGAAUCUUAAGAUAUUUGUAAAUCAGAAUAUUUAAGAAUGUGAAAUGAAUCCUCAAAUCUAGUUUCCUCCAAAGCACUUCUUAAUGUAGGAAAUAGUUUUUGCAAACCCUAUGUCAGUACUAAUGUCUUUCCUGAGUCAAGCCCAGUAAUAUUGUCAGUGAAUGUUUCUUAAACCUUAUUUAAGAAGAGGCAGAGUGGUUUUGAGCAAGCCAGUUAACAUGAUUUGAUGAAGAAAUAAGGAAUUAUGUACAUUUAGACAGAAGAAUAUUUUAUUUUGAAAAUAAUAGGAUUUUGUGCAAUAAUUUUUCUUGCAUAAUUUAGUUCAUAUAAAUAUGUACAUCUGUUUUUCUGGCAGAUGCCUUAAGGUCAUGUUUUUUGGUAUUUGAGUAAAUCUGUAUGUAGCGAUGUUCUCAUUGAUUUUAGAAAAAAUAUAUUCUUUAUAUUGUUGCCAGGAGAAAUGUUUUUGUUUAUUUAAAAUUAUUAUGGAUAUUAUGUUAUUGUAUCAUAACUAACUGCCUCAGCAACAAUAAAUAUGCAAUAAGAAAAUCCUGUACCUUAGAUUAGAUUGACAAUACUGUUACUUUAAAAGAAAUAUAUACGGUACAAAUUGCUGAUUCUACAUGUGUACAUUUAACAGAUACUCAGUUCUGUACCACCUAAAUCAAAAUGGCAUUUGUAUGCUGAUGACCACAUAUGUGGAUUGUAGUAUCCUUUGUGAUGCAUCUUUGAUAAGAUUUAUAAAGGGCAUUGCCAAUACUUUUUGACUGUGUAAAUUAAGUUAAUUUUUUGUAUGAUGUACAGUUUGUUUAACCUUAGAGCUUCUAUAGAUUUCUACUUUUAUUAUACUUGAAUGAGGCAGAAAAGCACUGUGGAAAAUCUGUAGCUCUGGAUGCAACAUGCAAACAUACCAAAAAAUAAUAAUAAUAAAGCAAGGUACUGAAGCGCAAUGUUAACAGAAUGCUUUAUAUCCAGAAUGCUAUGUUUUUUUCAAGCCACAUUUUAGUUGAAUGGAGUAAAGUUAUACAAUCUUUUAUUUUAAAAUGUUGGAAAGUCACAAAUGAUUACCUCUUUGAUAUGAUGAACCUAUAAAUCUAUUCAUCUUUGUUAUUUCAUUUCUCAAAUGUGAGCCUUGUUGAGGUCCAUUAUCAAAUCUAGGCUUUGGUUGAUUAUAUGAUGUUUAGGACAAGGCAGAAUUUAAAAACUGUGCAUGUUUAGUGCAUCACAUGUCAAGUCACCAUCCUUCCGACAGUGUAACUUCCAUAAGGUUAUUUUGAGAACUAUUUAAUAAUUAUAUUGAAAAACUGGAUUUCUUGAGUCUGUUAUAGUUUGGUACUUAUAGCAGUGCCUAAAACAGCAACAAAUAUGAACUGCAUGAGUCCUACAACUUAAAAAGUCAGAGGAGGGGUUGAAAAUGGAACUUUUUCAAAGUUUAUUUCUCUUGCGUUAGAUGAAGAACUAUUUAAAGGGACUGAAAACCCUGAGCUUUUUCCUUGUCUUGGUAGCAGAUAUCUGUAAAAACCUACCCAGAAUUGUGAUUUACUUCAUUGUUCUUGCAUCCUUGAGGCUACAGUAUAAAUCAUCUCCAAACUUGACUACUAUUGGGAAGAUGUGUAUAAAAGCACCACUUUGGGAAUUUUUAAAAAAUAUGCAAAAAUAAAUAUUGAAUAAAAUCUACAUUACCAUAAAGCACCCAACAAUGCAGUUCUAAAAUAAAAUUGGUCACAAUUAAA